CAAAGUAACCUUUUUUUCUUAUUCUUAGGAUGGCAACACCGUACAGCCGCCCACCACCACUGCACAUCACCUGUGUUAAAGUGCACAGUAGCCAAAAGGCUGUGACCUUUAUUAAACAUGAAAACAAAAUAAUUGUUGACACCUACAAAGUCACAUCUUUAUGUGCCCUUACGGAUGGUGAUGCAGUUUAUCUGUCCAUAAAAAACGGCAGUGACCCUGAAUUUGAAGAGGGACACUCAUAUAUUGUAAAAAAUGUAACCAUCUCAAACAAAUAUGGCCGCCGAUGUUUAUUUGUAAAUAAAGGCACCAUCAAAUUUAGGACCGCUCCGCUAGCCAUAAGUGAGGAGGCUAAAAGAGCUGCAAGGGAGGCCCUCUGUCCUCCUUCACGACCUAUAACAGGAGAGGAAGAGGAUAUCUUCAGUGAAACUGGGUACCUGAGUCUACGGGGGCAGUUAGAAAAAGUUGAAGUGCCUAGAAUGACUCGCACUCACAUACCGAUCCUGGACCUGCGGAUGAAAUGUGGCUCCGUAGUACACGAUGUCUCACUGUGGCGGGAAGAAGCACUUAACGAGCUCUAUGUCGGGGACAUCAUUGAGCUCAGUCACCUGAAAGUAAACGGAAGACCAGAUGGAAGAGCAAAAUUCGACUCUUCUAAUCACACAACUUUUAAGGUAAACAUUAUAUGCUGCACAUCUGUAAUCCACACACAUUUAAAAGUGUUAACCUUCAAGAGACAUUAAAAAUUUAGAAAUGAAAUGACAUUGUUGCCUUAA